GCCCCCAUCCCCAGUGCAACUAACAGGUAGGCAAGCUCGCAGAGACUACUCGGAGGGAGACCUGUGAGCAGCAAACAGGUUUGAGCCUGGAAAAGAGGAAGAAAAGUAAAAGAUUGAAGGGAAUUCUUUUUCCACCUUGUUAGGAGAGCACAGCUCACUGCGCCUCUCCAGCAGCCUGGUUGGCACCCGCUCCUACUCUGGCUUCAGCCACCACCCCCACCCCCAUUUGGCAUCAGCCUGGGACCCAGCUCCAGCACUCAGUCUGACCGGUUGCAUCCUCCCUCCCUGAUCCUGUCGCACCAGUUCCUGCUCUGGGAUCCAGUAGUCGGACCCCAUAAGCCAUGGCUGGUCCCUUCUCUCGUCUGCUGUCUGCCCGCCCCGGGCUCAGGCUCCUGGCUUUGGCCGGAGCCGGAUCCCUAGCUGCUGGAUUUCUGCUCCGCCCGGAACCUGUACGAGCUGCCAGUGAACGACGAAGGCUGUAUCCCCCAAGCGCUGAGUACCCAGACCUCCGAAAGCACAACAACUGCAUGGCCAGUCACCUGACCCCAGCAGUCUAUGCACGGCUCUGCGACAAGACCACACCCACGGGUUGGACUCUAGAUCAGUGCAUCCAGACUGGCGUGGACAACCCUGGCCACCCCUUCAUCAAGACUGUGGGCAUGGUGGCUGGAGAUGAGGAGACCUAUGAGAUAUUUGCUGACCUGUUUGACCCAGUGAUUCAAGAGCGACACAAUGGAUAUGAUCCCAGAACAAUGAAACACACCACUGACCUGGAUGCCAGUAAGAUUCGUUCUGGCUACUUUGAUGAGAGGUAUGUAUUGUCCUCAAGAGUCAGAACUGGCCGAAGUAUCCGGGGACUCAGUCUGCCUCCAGCCUGCACUCGGGCAGAACGGCGAGAGGUGGAACGCGUUGUGGUGGAUGCACUGAGUGGCCUGAAGGGUGACCUGGCUGGACGUUACUAUAGGCUCAGUGAGAUGACAGAGGCUGAGCAGCAGCAGCUUAUUGAUGACCACUUUCUAUUUGAUAAGCCUGUGUCCCCAUUACUGACUGCAGCAGGAAUGGCUCGAGACUGGCCAGAUGCUCGUGGAAUCUGGCACAACAAUGAGAAGAGCUUCUUGAUUUGGGUGAAUGAGGAGGAUCAUACACGGGUCAUCUCCAUGGAAAAGGGUGGCAACAUGAAGAGAGUGUUUGAAAGAUUCUGCCGGGGCCUCAAAGAGGUGGAACGGCUAAUCCAGGAGCGUGGCUGGGAAUUCAUGUGGAAUGAGCGUUUGGGAUACAUCUUGACCUGUCCAUCUAACCUGGGCACUGGACUUCGGGCUGGAGUGCACAUCAAACUGCCCCUGCUAAGCAAAGAUAGCCGUUUUCCAAAGAUCCUAGAGAACCUAAGACUCCAGAAGCGUGGGACUGGAGGAGUAGACACUGCUGCCACAGGCAAUGUCUUUGACAUCUCUAAUUUGGAUCGACUGGGCAAGUCAGAGGUGGAGCUGGUGCAACUGGUCAUCGAUGGAGUAAACUAUUUGAUUGACUGUGAACGGCGUCUGGAGAGAGGCCAGGAUAUCCGCAUCCCUGCACCUCUCAUCCAAAACAAACAUUGACUCCCUAUCUCUGGCAGAUGACUCAAGAGCCCCAGGACUUCUUCCCAUUUAAUGGUGACCCAUUCUACUUGUCCUUAAUCUGUCUCAACCUCCAGCCCCCAUCUUAGUAAAGACUCCUUGCUAUGCUUCA